AUGGCUGUAUCAACGUUGAACAUGACUCCGUACUUUACAGGAUAUUCAUUUCAAGGACAGGGUCGUAUGAAUCAACUGGGUGGCGUAUUCAUCAAUGGUCGCCCUCUACCUAACCAUAUUCGGCUAAAGAUUGUGGAGAUGGCGGCAGCGGGUGUACGACCUUGCGUUAUCUCACGCCAGCUUCGAGUCUCUCAUGGUUGCGUCUCCAAGAUCCUGAAUAGAUAUCAGGAAACUGGUUCAAUACGUCCGGGUGUAAUUGGAGGUUCAAAACCGAGAGUAGCUACGCCCGAAGUUGAAAACAGGAUAGAGGAGCUCAAGAGACAAAACCCAGGUAUAUUUUCCUGGGAAAUUAGAGAUAAAUUAAUAAAAGAAGGCAUUUGUGAUAAAAACACUGCACCAUCGGUCAGUUCAAUUUCGCGACUUAUAAGAGGAGGCAAAAGGGAUGACUCAGAUCCUAGAAGAAACCACAGUAUUGAUGGUAUUCUAGGCCCAUCAUCUUGUGAAGACUCUGAUACGGAAUCUGAACCUGGCAUAACCUUGAAACGUAAACAACGUAGAUCUAGAACUACCUUCUCUGGAGAUCAACUUGAGGCACUGGAGCGAGCUUUCACAAGAACGCAAUAUCCUGAUGUUUACACUCGUGAAGAAUUGGCACAGAAAACGAAGCUUACAGAGGCUAGAGUCCAGGUCUGGUUUUCAAACCGAAGAGCAAGGCUUCGUAAGCAAUUGAAUUCUCAACAGCUUAGUGCAUUUAACACUAUGUCCCUACAAUCUGCUUUUCCAUCUGUUCAUCAACAAUAUGAGCCUCCAUCUACUUUCAACGCCCAAUGUGCUUCUUGGCAGCAAUCGUAUUCUUCUGCAUUGGGCUCAAGUUCUGUCCUUAAUUCUGCUUUAGCACCUUCUCUACACCAAUCAGCGUUAUCGGCUCCAUCUGUAUGUCAAUCAGCAUUAGCAGCAUCUUCUUUACAUCCACCAACUUCAAGCUCGUUUUCAUCAGGAAACCUGACUCCACUCUCCCAUUCAUCAGAACUUCCCACACCUUUGCAAGCAUCAUCUGAUGCUACACCUCCAAGCACCAGUCCGACUGCGGCAAGUCCUUCUGCAAACCAGAGUAGUGCAAUCACUUAUCAGCAUCCAAGCUACACAAAUGGAACUGAGGUUUCUCAUCCGUAUGGAUAUGGCGACUAUGCAAAACAAGACCACAUGUCAGCCCAUAACCACUGGACAUCAAGACAACUGAGCGGUCACCCUCAAAAUAAAUUAGCUGAAGUCAGCGCCUGGUCAGAUAAUUACAGUUCAUUCUUCGGCACUAAUGCACAUUACGCAUCGCAUGCGCAUUCGCCCACUGAGGCGAAGUCUGGAUAUCCGUACCUUGGACAACUUGGUGGAAUGGACAUGGGAAGGGUUCAC